GUGCAAACGUCCACGACGGUGAGACUGGGAUUAGGCAAAUAAUGGUGGCAUGAUAAGGAAAGUAUAUUCCUCGUAUGAAUCGAAUUGUUUCAGGAUGUACAGGAUGUAAGGUACGGAGUAAGGUACUUACGGUAUGUAUUGUAUGGCUUAGAGUCAUGGCCUGACAUACCAAUACCAGCCAUGUCUCGGCUAUCAUAUCCAGCUGGAUUGCUUGAGAUGAAAAUAGUAUCAUUGACAUGAAGUCAUGGAAACGUGGAUGCCAUGAUCAUGACGAGGAUGACUGCGAUCCGUUGGACUUAUUGUCUGCGAUGAGCCUUGGGCUGUAGACUGUAGUAAGUCGCUCCUUUGGUUGCUGUGAUAUGGUAUACCUGUCCCAGUAUGACUUCAAGUUCACAUUCUGAAAGAAGCCCGUCUGCUUCUCCUCGGAUCUUUUCUGAAGUCCCAACUCCAGACAGCGAGACGGAUGGCUUUGAUACAUUGACACCAGUCAGUGAUGGCGAGGAGUAUGUCCUUGUCACUGGCGGCCUAGGAUUCAUCGGGAGCCAUACCUGUCUGGAAUUGAUGAAAGCGGGUUACAAUGUGCUCAUCGUCGACGACUUGAGUAACAGCUACCGUCAUGUCUUCUCCCGGAUCCUCCUGGCCGCGAAACUGCACUUUGACGGGACGGAUGGCCGAUGUCCUAAGGCGACACUGUACGAUGUCGACUACCGCGACAUGUCCGCCAUGAGGAACCUCCUCGACACGUAUCAGCUCGACCUAUCCCCAAGACAAUCGAGCAUCAUCGGAGUCAUCCACUUUGCAGCCUUCAAGCAGGUCGAAGAGAGCAUCCACACCCCGCUCAAGUACUACCGCAACAACAUCAACGGGCUCGUCGACCUCCUCUUCCUGCUAGACCAGUACCGCAUCACCGCCUUCAUCUUUUCCUCGUCUGCCAACGUCUACGGCAAACUCGCCGAGAACCGCCCCACCCUCCACGAAGAGGAAUGCACCCAUCAAUCUGAACCCAACCACUUAGGUGCGUCUCACUCCUCCGAAACGAACAUCUCCCAAAUCACAAACCCCUACGGCCGCACCAAACUCUUCGGCGAAGCAGUCCUCGCCGACGUGGCCCGCGCAAACCCCGCCUGGACCAUCGUCGCCCUGCGCUACUUCAACCCAAUCGGCUGCGACGCGUCCGGCCUCCUAGGCGAAGACCCCAAAAUCAAUCCCUCGAACCUCGUCCCCGCCCUCGUGGACAUCCUCACCGGCAAGCGAGACGAGCUCCUUAUUUACGGCAGUGACUGGGAUACACCUGACGGCACCCCGAUCCGGGACUUCAUCCAUGUCACGGACGGCCGUGUUCGAGAUGGGUUCCGCACGUUUAAUCUCGGGACGGGGCGUGGGCAUUCGGUGCUGGAGCUGGUACAGGCGCUGGAAAAUGUGUCCGGACGGUCGAUUCCGAGACGGGUGGUGGGGAGGAGAGCGGGGGAUGUUGGGUCAUGCGUUGCCAGUGCGGAGCGGGCGGCGGUGGAGUUGGGAUGGACGACGGAGAAGUCUUUGAGGGAUGCUUGUGAGGAUUUAUGGGGGUAUUGGCAGGAGUAAUGGGAGGUAUAUUCUAUAGAUCACUAAUAUCAUGUGCUAAUGUGGAUCUUGCACUUCUAAAUAGUAGGUUUGUAGCGAUAUAUAUUGCUUGCUCAUGCCCAUGGAUUUAUGAAUUUUACG